GUGGGGCCGCGGAGCCGCGCAUCGCCGUCUGCAUGGCCGGGGAUCUGCGAGCAAAGAAAACAGACCUCAGUGAACCAGAACUAGCCCUGCUGUUGGGGCAGGGUGACCCCACCAGUGAUCUACAACCCCUGUGUGACCCCACCAUGGAGUUUGUAACUGAUGCCGAGAGGCAGUCUGGAAUCCACCCCUCUUCUUGACCUCUUACCUGGGAUUCCAUGGCCGCACAAUCAUGUGAUUCCAUGUCUUCCCGAUUCCAGGGCCCUCCCUGGCCCCAUGACCUCUGACCUAAGCAACCUCCCUGGACCUUAAUACCCUGUGACUAUUCUUCCCAUCAUCCCCUAACCUCUGGCCCUGGCUCCCUUUGGGGGUCUUGUUGGUCUGGGCCUCCCCAGGAAGAUGUGGGGGAGGCUCUGGCCCCUCCUCCUGAGCUUCCUCACAGCAACUGCAGUCCCUGGGCCCUCACUGCGGAGACCAUCCAGAGAACUAGAUGCCACCCCGCGGAUGACCAUCCCCUACGAAGAGCUCUCUGGGACCCGGCACUUCAAGGGCCAAGCCCAGAACUACUCAACACUGCUGCUGGAGGAGGCCUCCGCAAGGCUGCUGGUGGGAGCCCGAGGUGCCCUCUUCUCUCUCAAUGCGCAAGACAUAGGAGACGGGACUCACAAAGAGAUUCGCUGGGAGGCCUCCCCAGAGAUGCAAAGCAAAUGUCAUCAAAAAGGGAAAAACAACCAGACCGAGUGCUUCAACCAUGUGCGGUUCCUGCAGCGGCUCAAUGCCACCCACCUCUACGCAUGUGGGACUCACGCCUUCCAGCCUCUCUGUGCAGCCAUUGAUGCUGAGGCCUUCACCUUGCCAACCAGCUUCGAGGAGGGGAAGGAGAAGUGUCCUUACGACCCAGCCCGUGGCUUCACUGGCCUCAUCAUUGAUGGAGGCCUCUACACAGCCACUCGGUAUGAAUUCCGGAGCAUCCCUGACAUCCGCCGGAGCCGGCACCCACACUCCCUGAGGACGGAGGAGGCACCGAUGCACUGGCUCAAUGAUGCUGAGUUUGUGUUCUCCGUCCUGGUGCGGGAGAGCCAGGCCAGUGCCGUGGGUGACGACGACAAAGUUUACUACUUCUUCACGGAGCGCGCUGCUGAGGAGGGUGCAGGCAGCUUUGCUCAGAGCCGCAGCAGUCACCGCGUGGCCCGCGUGGCCCGGGUGUGCAAGGGAGACCUGGGAGGGAAGAAGAUCCUGCAGAAGAAGUGGACCUCCUUCUUGAAGGCGCGCCUCAUCUGCCACAUCCCACAGUAUGAGACGCUGCGCAGUGUCUGCAGCCUGCGAGCUGACACCUCAGCACACACACACUUCUAUGCGGCCUUCACGCUGACCACACAGUGGAAGACCCUCGAGGCCUCAGCCGUGUGCCGCUAUGACCUGGCCGAGGUGCAGGCUGUCUUCGCAGGCCCCUACAUGGAAUACCAGGAUGGUGUCCGGCGCUGGGGCCGCUACGAGGGUGGGGUGCCAGAGCCCCGGCCUGGCUCGUGCAUUACAGAUUCACUGAGAAGCCGAGGCUACAACUCAUCCCAGGACUUGCCAUCUCUGGUCCUGGACUUUGUGAAGUUACACCCGCUGAUGGCUCGGCCUGUGGUGCCCGCACGCGGACGGCCCCUGCUGCUCAAGCGCAGUGUGCGCUACACACACCUCACGGGGACACCUGUCAGCACACCCGCCGGACCCACCUAUGACCUGCUCUUUCUGGGCACAGCUGAUGGCUGGAUCCACAAAGCUGUGGUCCUGGGCUCUGGGAUGCACAUUAUUGAAGAGACACAGGUGUUCAAGGAGCCCCAGUCUGUGGAGAACCUGGUCAUCUCUCCGAUGCAGCAUAGCCUCUACGUGGGGGCCCCAAGUGGCAUCAUCCAGCUACCACUGUCCAGCUGCUCCCGCUACCGCUCCUGCUAUGACUGCAUCCUGGCCCGAGACCCCUACUGUGGCUGGGACCCCAGCACCCAUGCCUGCAUGGUGACCACCACCGUAGCCAACAGGUCCCAAAGUAGCAGGACAGCACUCAUACAGGACAUCGAGAGAGGAAACCGAGGCUGCGAGGGCAGCAGGGUCACAGGGCCACCACCACCACUGAAGACCCGUUCUGUGCUCCGGGGUGAUGAUGUCCUAUUGCCCUGUGACCAGCCAUCCAACCUGGCCCGGGCCUUGUGGCUGCUCAAUGGGAGCAUGGGCCUGAGCGAUGGGCAGGAUGGCUACCGCGUGGGUGUGGAUGGGCUGCUGGUAACAGACACGCAGCCUGAGCAUAGUGGCAGCUACGGCUGCUAUGCUGAAGAGAACGGCCUCCGCACCCUGCUGGCCUCCUACAGCCUCACAGUGCGGCCAGCCACUCCAGCGCCUGCUCCACAAGCCCCUGCCAUGCCUGGGGCACAGCUGGCACCGGAUGUGCGGCUGCUCUACGUGUUAGCCAUUGCUGCACUUGGUGGCCUCUGCCUCAUCCUGGCUUCCUCCCUCUUCUACGUGGCCUGUCUUCGGGGAGGCGGACGAGGGCACCGUCGAAAAUACUCACUGGGUCGGGCUGGCCGGGCAGGGGGCUCUGCUGUGCAGUUGCAGACAGUCUCAGGCCAGUGUCCUGGAGAGGAAGAUGACGGUGAUGAUGGGGAAGGGGCUGGGGGCCUGGAGGGUGGCUGCCUCCAGAUCAUCCCCGGAGAGGGAACCCCAGCCCCGCCGCCACCACCCCCCCCACCGCCACCAACUGAGCUGACCAAUGGGCUGGUGACGCUACCCAGCCGGCUGCGCAGGAUGAAUGGCAACAGCUACGUGCUCCUGAGGCAGAGCAACAAUGGAGUGCCAGUGGGGCCCUGCUCUUUCGCGGAGGAGCUCAGCCGCAUCCUGGAGAAGAGGAAGCACACACAGCUCGUAGAGCACCUGGAUGAAAGCUCUGUCUGAGCCCAGCCUCCCAGGACAAAUGCUCUUCCAAACCAGCCUGCCUGUACCAGGCUGGGCCGCUGCCUCCCCAACGGACACCUUACCCUCAUCCCCGCAACUCCAGGCCCUUCUUCCAACUUUGUGAUGUCCCUGUAGGGCUGGCCAGCGUCAGGCCCAGCCAAAGCCCCCUUCUCAGU